AAUUAAACUCUCUUUCUCUCUCUCAAAUCUCAAACAAGCAAAACUGCCGAAAUCUUCGGUCGCAGGUAAAACAUGCUUACACACUGGAGGCGUGUUUUGCCGUUGAUAGUUGUUGCCGCUCUUUUCAUCUACGAAGAUAGAGCUACAAUACCCUCUUGUAAGCUAGUCCCUGCAGCAGGAGAAUCAGCAGAUGGGCAGAAAGACCAUCCUGACGAUCUCAAGGUUAUGCUCGUUUCAGACCUUCUCUUACUCGGUUCUGAUUCUGGGUUCUGGAAUACAAUCUUUACGGAUUACUAUAUGUCCAAAUUCUUCAAGAAAUCCUAUGAACUGCUGAAGCCUGAUUUGCUGCUCAUGUUAGGGGAUGUUUUUGCUAAAGGAUCACAAGUGAAGAGAAGUGAAUGGCCAAAUUUGGUCCAACAGCUUCACAGAUUGUUGGGACCAUUUUCUGGUUUGCCUUUUCAUGUUACACUUGGCGAUAGGGAAAUUGGAGAAUGCAAUGAGCUAGAAGAGACAUUUGUCAAUUGGGUAGCUAGAAAAUUCCCAGCACUCGAUUCUGUGGGCUGUGGUGCUUUUGAAAUUGCAGAUAUUGGCUUCGUCUCUUUAAAUACCGUGGCAUUAUUGUGUGGUGGUAAUAGCAAGUUACGUUUUAGCGUAGAAAAGUUAAUAGAACGAGAAAGUGUAUAUAGGCAACCGGAAAAUAAACAAGUUAGAGAUGUUUACAAGUCAACUGAAAUGAAAUUAACAUCAGUUGAUUUUCAAUGGAGAGAAAAUGUUGCCAUGUCUGGCUCCGGUUCUGUCCUCUUGCUUCAUUUUCCACUACACCAAACGGUAAAUAGUCGUUGUUCUAAAACUCUGCACAAGAAUUCAAGGUUUUCAUCACUUGGAAGUAAUAAUGCUGGUGGGCCAUAUGACACAUCGCAAUCUCUCCCAGCAAAUGUCACCGAGUAUAUCUUUCAAGCACUCAGACCAAGGAUUGUUUUUAGUGCACAUACUCACGAGUUUUGUGAUCGGACUCAUUUGGACGGUACACGAGAGGUGACAGUUCCAGCAAUGGCUUGGGGUGCGAAGAAUGAUCCCGGUUUUGUUUUUGCGAAUUUCAGAAAAAAUGGUAGCAUAAUAUCUGUUAGUCACUGUUCUCUUACUGGGGAGUCCACUUUCCUGGUUGUUUAUAUAUCACUUGUAACUUUGUUAAUGAUGUGUAUGCUUCUGGCAAAUGCACCAAAUGAAGAUAUAUCAUGAAACAAUUUACAUUAAGAACAAGUUGAAUUAUUGUUGUAACUUUUCCAAAGUUUGAUUUUAUUUAUUUAUUUUAUAAUACUGUUUUCUCA